CGGGUCCUCGGCGGGCCCGGGGGAGGGCCCUCUUUGUGGCUGCAGUUGGCAAGAUGGCGCCGGUGGGGGUGGAGAAGAAGCUGCUGCUGGGCCCCAACGGGCCCGCGGUGGCGGCCGCCGGUGACCUAACCAGUGAGGAGGAGGAGGGCCAGAGCCUAUGGUCCUCGAUCCUGAGUGAGGUGUCCACUCGCGCCAGGUCCAAGUUGCCGUCCGGCAAGAACAUUCUCGUGUUCGGUGAAGAUGGUUCUGGUAAAACAACCCUCAUGACUAAACUUCAAGGAGCUGAACAUGGCAAAAAAGGAAGAGGCCUAGAGUAUCUCUACCUCAGCAUCCAUGACGAGGACCGAGAUGAUCACACGCGCUGCAAUGUGUGGAUUCUGGAUGGAGACCUGUACCACAAAGGCUUGCUGAAGUUUGCAGUUUCUGCUGAAUCCUUGCCAGAAACCCUGGUCAUUUUUGUUGCAGACAUGUCUAGGCCUUGGACUGUGAUGGAAUCUCUGCAGAAAUGGGCUAGUGUUUUACGUGAGCACAUUGAUAAAAUGAAAAUUCCACCAGAAGAAAUGAGGGAGCUGGAACGGAAGUUUAUGAAAGAUUUUCAAGACUAUAUCGAGCCUGAGGAAGGUUCUCAAGGUUCCCCACAGAGAAGAGGCCCUCUGACCUCAGGUCCUGAUGAAGAAAAUGUUGCCCUGCCUCUUGGUGACAAUGUGCUGACUCAUAACCUGGGGGUCCCCGUAUUGGUAGUGUGCACAAAGUGUGAUGCAGUGAGUGUCCUGGAGAAGGAGCAUGAUUACAGGGACGAGCACUUUGACUUCAUCCAGUCACACCUACGGAGGUUCUGCCUCCAGUAUGGAGCGGCCUUGAUUUACACAUCAGUGAAGGAAGAGAAAAACCUCGACUUGUUGUAUAAGUACAUUGUUCAUAAAACAUACGGUUUCCACUUUACCACGCCUGCCUUAGUUGUGGAAAAGGAAGCAGUUUUUAUACCUGCAGGCUGGGACAAUGAAAAGAAAAUAGCUAUUUUACAUGAAAAUUUCACAACUGUGAAACCAGAAGAUGCAUAUGAAGACUUUAUUGUGAAACCUCCUGUGAGAAAGCUAGUCCACGACAAAGAGUUGGCAGCUGAGGAUGAGCAGGUGUUCCUAAUGAAGCAACAGUCACUCCUUGCCAAGCAGCCAGCCACGCCCACAAGAGCCUCCGAAUCCCCUGCAAGAGGACCCUCUGGCUCUCCAAGAACCCAGGGCCGGGGAGGGCCAGCCAGUGUGCCUAGUGCCUCCCCAGGCACGUCAGUCAAGAAGCCGGACCCAAACAUCAAAAAUAAUGCAGCAAGUGAAGGGGUGUUGGCCAGCUUCUUCAACAGUCUGUUGAGUAAAAAAACAGGCUCACCUGGAAGCCCUGGUGCUGGUGGCGUGCAGAGCACAGCUAAGAAGUCAGGUACUGAAGGGCCCCCAGAAGACUUCUGACCCUUGUGGUCAAGGGGUGCUGCAAGGACAAAAGACUGUGUUGACAAAUGUUCAGGAAGAACUGGAUAGAAUGACUCGAAAACCAGACUCCAUGGUAACAAACUCUUCAACAGAAAAUGAAGCCUGAUCCUCCUUAAAAAGUGCAUAUGUAAAAUGACCAAAUAACUAUGUAUAUUGAUCUGCUCUAAGACCAGGAUUUUUCUGAUAUGGCACAUGCUAUCAGUUUUUUGGGGCAGGGGAGAUGAACUUAAAAAAAAAAAUACUUCAUUGGCUUGUCUGAGUGUGAAAUGCACAUUUAGAAAGGUUAUGUGUCAGACCCCUUUGUGAAGGAUAACCCUUGGACUCUCAGGCAUGUGGCUCUCUUGUGGGCAGCAAGUUCAGCUGGGCUUCUUGAGGCGAGGAAGAUGGAUGGAGAGAAAGAGGGCCCGCUUCCUCUCAGGAUGGAGCAAAUGAGACCAGGAAGUCAUUGAUGGUGGCUAGUGUGACCAGUUGCAUGUUAACAGAUUCACUUGUUCAUGGGAAGCAGACUAAGUAGCAGAAAGUCCAGGAAAGAGAAAGACUGAAAGGAGGAAAGAGAGAAGUGUUGAUGGGGGAGCUGAACGUUGCAGGAGUGGAAGAGGAGAUAAGCAGUGUUAGUAAAUACCGUGUGUUCAGUAGAAAUUGAAUAAUCAUUUUUAAGACUUAAAAUCAGAAGCAUUUCCAAACUAAAAACUAAGCAAAAUGGGAAUUGGACUUGCUGUAAAUGCAUUUUUAACUUAUGAAAGAAAGUUUGGGGGGCGUCCCUGAGUCAGGUGGAGCUGAUGUUGGGGGUGGGAAGGAUGACAGCAGCCCAGGACUCAUGUGCUUGGCCCAGGCCAUGUCCUCAGUGAGAGGUGUUGGGCUCCACGCAUGUGCAUCGUGGGGUAGUCAGUCAACAUGGGGUGUGUUUAAAGUCAGCAGUUACAAAAUUAGUUUACUUCGAAUUGUGUUUUCUAAAUAGCUUCUGCUUUUUUUUUUUUUUUUUAAUUUAAUUUUUUUUUAAACUACCACAGGCUGGCCUACUAGUAGAGAAUGGGUGACCAACCUCUCAUUUUACCUUAAUGCAGUGCUCUACAGAACGUUCGAGGGAGGUUUUUGAUGUAACUGCACUCUGAUUAAUUGGCUUACACCAAUCCCUGCCUUACGGUCAGUGGAAACCUUCGUGAAGUUCCAUUGAUGUGAAAGGGCCUUGUCCUAGCUCCCUGGUCUGAUCAGUGCUAUCAGAUGAACAAAUAAGUGUGAAUGUUUUAUAUUGAAAAUGGAAAUGAUACAUUUCUCUUGUUUUAUGUUUUUCAUGAGCUGUAGCAUUUUUUUCUUAUGGAAAUAAGUGUUUCAGAUGUCUCCAUUUAGGGCAGAUUCAUGUACAUUGUCAUGUCAUACCACCAUCCUAGACGUGACUUCUGUGGAUUUGAAAUGGCACUUUUAAUUUUAUAUAUGACACAAAACAUUGAAAUGUAAACACUACCAUUAAUUUAAUGUAUAAAACAUUUGUUGUCAAACCAAGGGAAAAGCCACAGUUCACUUAUGUGGAGUUUACUUUUUUUUUUAUAUGAAUGUUUGUUGUACUGUGUCUGAGUAUAACUUCCCUAAUGUCAUUACUUUUACAUACCAGAUCUAACUGACCACUAACAGUACUGGGCAUAACUUACUAUCCUAUGUUACAUAACAAAACUCUAAGACUGUCUUGAAUUGCUUUUUUGUAAAGGUCUGAACACUGUUAAGGAGAAAGCUGAGUAUUUACUUGCCUUUCUGAUGAACAUAAAAAUGUGUUUUUUAUGCCAGUUUUAUUGUUGAAAAUACAUACCCCCUUAAAAAAAUUUUUUUUAAAUGUAUUGUGGCUUUCAAUUACCAGAUUGUCCAGGUAAUGACAGUAAAUUGACGUGAAGUAAUAGUUGUGAUAUAAUGACCAAUAGAUGCCAAACAGCUUGUGGCCACACUCAUGAUGGGGUCACUUAAUCCCUCUGUAGCAGCUGUCAAGGGUGGCAGGCACAAAAAGAGUGACCUUAGAAAUAAGAGUUCUUCAAAAGGCACAUGCCUGUGAGGGAUACAAUGUGAUUUUAAAUUUUAAUGCAAAACUCUACUUUCUGUUUAUUUUUUUAUCAUUUAAACUGAUAAGCACUUUUUGUGUCAAUAUAAAAUGUUCUAAAACCGAAGAAAUGCUAAGACACCUGUCUUGUGAAGGAAGACACAUGUGUCUCUCCUGACGAGUGGAUUCUCCUAGGAUCAGAAGAAACUGAGGCAUAGUGUCAUGUGCUCAGUAGUUGCCAAAGUCUACCAACUUUGGGGAGCUGCAGGGUUCUCUUUAGGGGGGUGGGAGGAGGGGACAUAUUUUUGGUUAUUUGGGGGUUUUCAAGCAUUGGAACCAAAGGCCAAACAAUAAACAGCCUUUACUUUUUAAAGUAAAAUUCAUUUUAUUUGCAGAAUACACUUGUAUGGUAGACUAUUAAAGAUAAUUUUAUGACUGUUUUUACACGUUAUAGUGGUUACAUCUGCUGUUUGUCUUUAAAAUAGAAAAAUCAAAGAAAUAAACCCAAUCUUGAAGAUAUGGCCACAAUAAAGGCCAUGAAUUGGUCUUUCAUAAAAAUGCAACGGGUAUGCUGCUAGAAUUAUUUAAUUUUGUUUGCACUUUUUUUUUUUUUGAUUGGCAUUUUUAAACCAGUAUUUAAACUGAAGAUGUGUUUUAUUAGUUUAACAAAGUUGAAGGUGACUGCUCUGUACAUCAUGACCUUAACAAUGUUGAUGCUGUAAGUGAAAGUUCACUGUUGUCUCUAUACUAAGUUUAUUGGUGUUUUUAACUUAAAAUUAGGACUACAGAUUAUUUCCCCACCAGCCUUAGUCCAGGGGUGUGGCUCUGUCCGGAUGCAGUAUGCAGUCAUGUGGAACCUUGCUUUCUAGUGCUGGAAAAGAAGAUGUCUCUAAUUACUGGCUUCAAUAAACAUGAAUCCAGACUGCUUACAA